CUCGAUGCGACUAGUGUGUAGUUACCACUGCUCUUGCAAAAUGAAAUUUCUGGUAGUCUUCGCUGUUCUGGUGGCCGUCGCUUCGGCCACCAUUAGCUUGGAUCGUGACCAUCGAGUUAUCGGAGGACAACUUGCUACCUUGGGCCAGUUUCCGUACGCAGUCGGUCUGAUCACCAGGAUAAACAUUCUGCUCUCCGGUCAGUGCUCUGGAUCGCUGUUGUCCUCGCGUUUCAUUCUAACCUCGGCUAGCUGUGUCAGUGGAAUUCAGAGUGCUGUAGCGGUUAUGGGAGGACUUCGUAUUAACGAUGCAUCGGAGGCAGGUCAGGUUCGCAUGACUGUUACGGAAUUCAUUGUGCACAGUGGCUACGAGGAGGAUGUGGAAAACUUCGAUGUAGCGUUGGCAGUUCUGCCAACACCCGUCACAUUUAGCGAUAACAUCCGCCCGGUACGUCUACCCAACCGUCGUCAGGUCGAUGCCACCUUCUCUGGACAGCAGGGUACCUUCAUGGGCUGGGGACGAUUCGGCGAGGGAACAGCCAACUCGCAGGAGCUUCGAUUUGGUCGAUCCCAGGUCAUCACCAACUUGGCUUGUUUCGUCAGCUUGCCAACCAACACCAUUCUCAGCGAACAUGUUUGCACUGAUGGUUUGAAUGAUGCUCUUGGUCGUGGAUCACCUUGCCAGGGUGAUAGUGGAGCUCCGCUGACCAUCGUUGAUGCCGACGGUAUUACCACUCAGAUUGGUGUCUUCGCAUUCCACUCCAUCUUGGGCUGUGAUAGUGGGCGUGCCGCUGUUUUUACCCGCAUGUCCGCUUACCUUAACUGGAUCGAUCAGAAUUCCGAUGUUGAGGUCAGAGAUGAUUUCUAAGUUGUUUCUGAAUUUGUUGUAUUGAGAUCGCGUGGAAAUACAUUUAUUAGCCUAAUCUUAUAA